AUGUCGAGCCUCUCCUCGCGCCUGUCUGGCCAAAUGGUGCUCGCGCCGCUGACGCGCGGCGGCAACCUGCCCUUCCGCCGGCUCUGUGCCGAGUUUGGCGCCGAGGUCACGCUGGGAGAGAUGAUCUUCGCGCGGCAGCUCCUAAAGGGCGACGUGAUCGAGCGGGCCCGCCUGCGGCGCGCGUCCAACGAGCAGGUCUUUGGCGUGCAGAUCGCCACCAACGACGUCGAGGAGGGCGUCGGCGCGGCCAAGCUCGCAGCUGCGGCGGGCGCGGACUGGGUAGACCUGAACUGCGGCUGCCCCAUCCACGAGGCGACCCGCCGCGGCCUCGGCUCUGCGAUGCUGCGGCAGCCGGUGCGGCUCGAGCGGCUCGUGCGCGGCAUCGCCGCGGGCUCGCCGCUGCCGGUCUCUGUCAAGGUGCGGCUCGCUUCGGAGGGCGGCGACGUCAACGUUCGCGAGGUGGUCGGUCGGCUGCGCGCCGCGGGCGCCGCAGCGGUGACGAUCCAUGGCCGCACGGCGGAGGCGCGCUACUCGAAGGCCGCCGACUGGCGCCUCAUCGCCGAGUGCGUCGAGGACAACGCCGAGGCGGGAGGUGGCAUGCCUCUCCUCGGCAACGGGGACCUACUGACGCAGUACGAGGCGCAUGGCAGGAUGGCGCAGUCGGGCGUGGACGGCGUCAUGGUCGGCCGGGGAGCGCUCAUCAAGCCGUGGAUCUUCAAGGAGUUCCGCGACCGGCGCGCGUGGGAGCCGAGUGCGGCGGAGCGCGUGGCGGUCUACCGGCAGCUCGCCUGCUUCAUGAAGGAGCACUUUGGCGACGACGCAAAGGGGCGGCGCAAGGCGUGGUACUUUCUGCCCUGGCACUUCGACUUCCUCUCUCGCUACCGGCCACUGCCCGAGGAAGAGCUGCCCCCCGCGCCGGAGGGCACGGCGCCGCUCGAGCGGUUCCUCGCGCACGGAGACCCGAGCGUGCACGAGAGGGUGGCGGCGGCGCUCUGGGAGGCGAGCAGCGAUGCGGGCGCGGUGGCGGCGCUCACGCGGCUGGCCGAGGGCGCGGAGCUCGCCGCGCUGGCGCGGGGCGGGGAGGAGGGCGAGGCGCCCGUGCUGGGCGAGGCGACCGAGCUGUCCAACAUCCCAUCCGACGGCGCGCAGGCGAGCGGCGCGCGCAGCGGCAAGAAGCACCGCCGCGCGCGAGCGCCACCCGUCGUGCGCACCGAGGAGGAGAUCGCCGCGCUGCGCGCCGCUCGCGCGGCGAAGCGCGAGCGGACCGGAGCGCCGCCGCACCAUGAGGGGAGGGCGGCGGCGCAGCGGGGCUGA